AUGUCAUUGAUCAAUCCCAUUAAAGUGAAACGUGUUAAUUUGGCCCAAUGUCAAAAUAAUCCAAUUGAAUGGUCUGAUAACUUACAAUUAUCUUUAAAUCUGUACACUGAUUUAACUGUAUUGGAUCCUAAAUUACCAGACUAUCAUCUGAUAGUCACUAAUAGAGAUGAUAAAACUGUAUUGGAAGCCAAAGAAUUUUUUUCAGAAACAAUUCUUUUACAUAGUGAAUCGAUUAAUAUGCUACCGUUGGGGAGAUUUAAUAGAGUCAUUAUUACUGAUUCCAAUGAAGGAUUGAAUCUUAUUGCUUCUGAACCAAACAUAGUUUUGCAACAAUGGACUCCUAAUUGUGAAACUUCUCGGGAUAAUUUACUUGGAGUUUUAUUCAAUUCAGGUGAAUUACUAAUAUUGGGUAGGAAAAAUGUCCAACUUCUGAGUUAUGUUGUUAGGAUUAAUGUUUUCAAUAUUUUGGCUGAAAAAUACAAUGUUCAAUGUGAUUCUGAAAAUAUGUUUGUUACUACACAAGAGUUUAGAAAGUUGAAAAUAAAAUAUUUUGCAUUUAGUAAAUACCAAGGAACUUUAGCUUUGACUAUUGUUGAUCAUAAUAAUUCAUUAUUAUUAUUCACCAUUGAUGAAAAGACAUUUGCAACAACAUUAUUAUUUGAGAAGCAUAUAGACGUUAAUGUGUUGAAAAUACUAUGGUCUAUUGGUUAUGAACAUCUUAUUGUCAUUGGAUUAGAUAAUUCAAUAACAUCAUAUUUAAUUAAAGACAAUUUUGAGAAGCUGGGGAUGAUACAUCCAGCAACACGAUUCAAAAAUCAUUACAACAAAUUUGUCAUAUCCGAUGACAAAUGUUAUCUAAUAAGUGCAUUCACUGGGAAAAUUGUUGUGUCAGAAAUAGGAGACACCAAUUAUGAAUUCAAGCUUGAUACAUAUGCAGCCUGUAAUUCAAUUGUGUCAGGAAUAACAAAUGGUGUUUUGACUUUGAUUUUAUCUUUUGAUACUGGUAAGUUCAAAACAAUAAAAUUUGACAUUGCUUCCAAAGACUUUAGUCAGGUGCCAUUGGACAAAUCUCUUGUUGCAUUUAUCAAUAAGUUACUUUAUUCAUAUCAAUUCCAAAGUGAUAAUGAGCCAUCUAAGGGGACAUCGGAACCAAUGAUGAAAUUAUUUGGUAUUAAUUCGUUACCCAAUGGAACUUUAGCUAUUUUCUAUAAAGUUAUAUCUGCAAAUGUUAUUGACUAUCGAUCUAUGGCAUUUCUGGAUAUAAACAUACGGUUUUUGAAAUUGAGUGAACCUAUUGGUAACGAAUACCAAAUCUACAAUAGAACUUCAAUUGCAAAAUUUAUAGAUAAUUGCAUUGAUGAUUUCCAUAAUUUCCCUACAAUUAGUAAUGAUCUAAGGUUAUUGAGAAAAGAUCGAGUUAAUAAAUUUAUUGAGAAUUUCAAAGAUUUCAAACAACAAUAUUUGGUUAAUAAUUAUAGUUUUGGUAGUUCUGAUUUACACCCAUUGUCAGAUUUCGAAACAACACUCAAGAAAAGUUUUGUUGAAAACUCUGAUGUGAUCCAAGCACAAUAUUGUUAUAUUUUAGCUACUUUCAUUGAAACUGGAUUGAAACCUGUCUCAUCCGAGAAACUCAUUGAAGUAGAUGUCAUACUAAAAGAAAUCCAAGAUUAUAAAAAAUCAAUUGAAAAUUCAAUUAUCAUAUAUUUAAGAAAAUUGAUUUUGGGAUUUUAUAAUGACAAAACUGUUACCGAUGAAUACGGUAAAUUUUCAUUAAUCACUAUGUUGAAACAACUUCGCAAAUUAAAUGACAUUACCGAAUUUAAUAUAUCUGAAUCAGCAGAGGUGACUAUUAAAACAAAGUACUAUUCAGAAACAUUUCAAGUGAGUGUUAAUGAUAUUGAUGAUGAUGAUGAUGAUUCUAGUAACCGUCAUAUCGUAUCUACCCUGGGUCAUGGGUGGACACAAUGUCAACUAACCAAUAUUCCCUUAUUACAAAUGAAUAACAAGACAGAUGAAAGAGCACAGUUUCGAUAUGUUAUUAGGAAUGACGAAUUUGGUGAAUUAGUUAACACAUUGUUGGAUACAAUAGAUUUUUGUUACAUUACGGGGAAUAAGAUUUAUCCAUUGAAAUGA